AUGUAUUUCUUGACAGGCUUGAACGUUCUCCUUGCGCUUGCAACGGCUUCGAAUGGAAGUCCCGUGAAACGAACAAAUGAUGUCGAAAUCACCUUCAUCGGUGCAGCAAAUGCUCAAUUCACGCAGGCCUUCCCCGUUGAUGGCUCGACUGUGUCUAUCUCUGACGUGCUGAGUAUCUCGCACAUCUCAUCUGCCGAUGCGAGUGUCCAGUGUACGUUCCAUGGUAUUGACAAUGGCGUUACGACUGUGAGUGGGGCGGAGCUGGUAGAUGUUGGUCCACCCCAGACCCAAAUCUCGGGAUCUUGCUCUGCGACGGGAUCCUCAGGAUCGACUACUCCCCCUUCUAACCCUCCCUCUGGUAACAACGGAGGACAAGGGGAGAGUUCGGGCAAUAUUGAGGUUGUUUUCAUCGGUGCGGCCAAUGCCGAGUUUACUCAAAGCUUCCCUGUCAAUGGUCAAGCUACGCAGAUUAGUAAUGUUCUGAGUAUCUCUCACAUUGAAUUGACCACUGGUGGUGUUAUGUGUACCUUCCAUGGUAUUGAUAACAGUGUUACUACGGUUAGUGGGGCUGAGCUGGUUGAUGUUGGCCCUCCCCAGACUCAAGUAUCUGGUUCGUGUCAAUCGAUUUAA